CGAUUCCACCAGUCCAGUUUGUGCCUUCGCCGCAUUCGCAUUAGGGAUUUGUUCGCUUCCGCUUGCGAUUCCACGGUUUCACGGUGGUGUGGUGUGAUUACGGGUACAGUUGGCAAUUUUCAGACAGUGCAAUGAAAUCUGUGCAUACGGUGCGGUGGAAAACUCAUCGGCUGGCGACGGUUAACAUUAACUAGAAGAACAAAAACAAAAAGCGGUAAAACUUUUGUCCAUAAAUCCGUCCAGCGACGGAAGGAGCUCGGACGAAGUUCAUCGAACUUGCGCAAGAUCUACGCAUCCUCGUUUGAAGUUGCGGUUGCGGAAAGCGGGAAUCUCUCGAACUACUACCGAACUACCUCCACCAUUGACUCACGUUCCUUUUACCGUAAUAACGGUACCCAUCCGUAAUUCCCCAACGUUGACUAAUAUAAAUUCGUCACCGUGGAGUUCACAACACUGUACCUUAAAUUCCCAUCGACCAGCACCACCAUGCGGGCAAUCCACCGGUUCAAUCAUCGUAUUCCGCUCAAGAUGGCACAUCGCCCCGUCAGUGCAAUGUCUCGUCAAGAAUCUGAAAUGAUCAACCGUAGCCGCCGUGCUCUCUCCUCGGGCGCGCUGACCGACUCGAUCGAGAAGCUGCGACACAUGUGCCUUGCCCGUGGUGCCUCGGGUAUCCUGGGGCUGGGACGCUGUUUCCGCCGCAUGGACGACGACGGCAACAAGCAGCUGAAUCUGGAAGAGUUUAUCAAGGGUCUGCACGACACCGGGCUGGACAUUUCGUCCGAGGAAGCGACAGAAAUGUUUAACAAAUUUGAUACGGACGGUAGCGGUUCGAUUAACAUGACCGAGUUUCUAGUCGCGAUUCGUCCAAACAUGUCCGAGUCCAGGGUCAGCAUUGUGAAGCAAGCUUUUGCAAAGCUGGACAAGACCGGCGAUGGAACGAUAACGAUCGAGGAUUUAAAGAAUGUGUACUCUGUGAAGAACCAUCCACUGUACAUCAGUGGAGAGGAGACGGAGGAUGUCAUCUUGCGGAAGUAUUUGGCAAACUUUGAGGAGAACGGCAAUGUGGACGGCUCCGUGACCAAAGAGGAGUUCCUCAACUACUACGCCGGAUUGAGCGCCUCUAUCGAUUCGGAUGCGUACUUUGACCUGAUGAUGCGCCAGGCGUUCAAGCUGUAGACACGCCUGUUGCCGUUUACGUACAACUAAUAUUUAAUCGUACCACUCCCCCAUGGCCCAUUUUUUAUGUACCCGGCAUACAUCUUAUGUAUUAGAUUGGUUCGAUCAAACAACUACCGGAAGUGAUUCCGAGUUUUUACACACACACACCACUCUAAACUACUACUGCCUUGAGAGAUGAGCAGCAGGAGCAAGAUGAACCAAAGUGAGGAAACAGGAAAACUCCUGCACGCCGGGAAGUCGUCGUGGCCAGCAGCUGAUGAUGAAACUGUGCUGCACCCGGAAUGAGAAAGACACGCAAACGUUUUCCGAUUGUUGUUGAAACACAAAUCAAUGCACAAGUGUUUACUUAACGAUUAAUAAACAUACAGUUUUAUGUUUCCGAGUGAAAAGUC